AGGAGCACGCACGCAAGCCCCGCCUUGCCCCGCCCCCGCGGGGGAGGAGUUGCCCUGUGUUCCUGUUGCCCCGGCGACGCCCCGCCCCCGCGUGCCCCGGCGGAGGCAGAAGGAGCCGAGGGGGCGCCCAGGAUGGCAAGUUCUGCUGUGUCCUAUCCCAGCACAGCUGGACGGAUGUGCACCCGGUGGAAUUACAGCAGGGCCUCCCUCCAGGCUCCCCCCUUAGACUACUCCUUCCGUGGCAUCAGCUUCUUGCAAGACCUGCUGACGGAAGAGCCACGUCCCGGCCUGAAACCCAUCAAGCUGUCGGAAGGGGGCCGGUUUCUGACCCAGGCCAUCCGGCUCAACAACAACACUCUCAAUGAGCUGACCGACUUCUCGGACAUCAUGGCGAAGCUGCUGGAGUAUCCCGAGGACAUCUAUUGGGUCGACCUCUCCUUCAACGACCUGCCCAUCAUUGACCCGGUGCUGACCUCCUACUACAACCUCCACAACCUCAACCUCCACGGGAACAGCAUCCAGCACCUGUCCGAAGUGGACAAACUGGCCGUGCUGCCCAACCUGCGCAGCCUGACCCUGCACGGAAACCCCGUGGAAGAGGAGAAAGGCUACAGGAGCUACGUCCUGUCCACCUUGCCCCAGCUGAAGACCUUUGAUUUCAGCGGCGUCACCAAGCUCGAUCGCUCCACGGCUGCCAUAUGGAGGCGGAUGAACAUCAAGCCCAAAGUGGUCCGGAAAAGACGGGAAAACUACUGAUCACCCCACAUGACCCUGGUCUGUGCCACGGGCGGGGCUGGCGGGGUUUUACUGGAUGCAGCCGCCUUUACGAAUAAAGCAUCUGAGCAGCAUGCCCUGGGAGGCUGAUGGAGGACGAGAGGGGCUUGGGGGGGGGAGAGAAGGCUACAGGGGGGAAGGGAAGGCUAGGACAACCCUGAGCCAGGUUCCCUCAAAGCUCCCCGUGGGUGCCAAACGGGUGGGCCUGCUUGCCCGCUGCAGAUCGAGCUCCUCCUGCUUAUAGAAACAGCUUGAAGAUCUCCAACCAGAGACACUCCCCUCCUCUUCCCCCUAUGCAGACAGGCCCACAGAGGAGCUGGCUGUUGUCCCCACUGCCAAACGCUUAUCAUCCUCCAGACCAUGUGAGUGCCUGGCUCAGUGUCUGGCUAAAAGCUGCCCACCUGAGCCCAUGA